AAAAUCCAACAAACAAUAUAACAUUGACUCAGGACUCAAAUAGAAAAACUAAGAAGAUUCUUUACAAGAGGCAAAGAUUGAAGAAAGAAGCAAAGAAAAGAACUCUACUUGAGCUUGAGAUAAGGAAGGAAAAUGGCAAUGGCAGCUUCUGCAGCAAAGAAGAAAAUAUGCGUAACUGGUGCAGGAGGUUUCUUAGCUUCUUGGGUUGUUAAGUUUCUUCUUUCCAAAGGAUACAUCGUUCAUGGCACUGUUAGACAACCUGGUGAUGAGAAAUAUGCUCACUUGAUGAAGCUUGAGGGAGCUUCUGAGAAUCUUAAACUCUUCAAAGCAGAUUUGUUGAGUUAUGAAUCAGUUCAGUCAGCAAUUGCUGGAUGCAAUGCUGUUUUCCAUGUUGCUUGCCCUGUGCCUUCAACAACAUCAACCAACCCUGAGGUAGAAAUGAUUGAGCCCGCCGUCAAGGGAACUACCAAUGUGCUUGAAGCUUCUCUUGAAGCUAAAGUGGAACGAGUCGUCUAUGUGUCAUCUGUAGCCGCUGCUUUCAUGAACCCAAAUUUUCCAAAUGACAAAGUGAUUGAUGAAUCUUGUUGGUCUGAUAAAGACUAUUGCAGAAAAUCCAAUAACUGGUAUUGCUUCUCCAAGACAGAGGCUGAAGAGCAGGCCCUAGACUUUGCGAAAAGAACCGGGCUUGAUGUGGUGAGCAUUUGUCCUACCCUUGUGCUUGGACCCAUUUUAAGGUCAUCUAUUGUGAAUGCAAGUAGCUUGGUUCUCCUCAAGAUUUUGAAAGGUUGUGAAUCAUUGGAGAACAAACAUCGUUGGAUAGUUGACGUGCGAGAUGUAGCCGAUGCAAUUCUUUUGGCUUAUGAAAAGCCUGAAGCAGAAGGGAGAUAUAUAUGCACUUCACACCCUGUUAAAGCAAAGGAUAUGGUGGAGAAAUUGAAGAGUAAAUAUCCAAACUACAACUACCCUACAAACUUUGUUGAGGUGGAUGAUCAUCAAACAAAGUUAAGCUCAGAGAAACUACAGAGGCUUGGUUGGAGAUACAAGCCAUUGGAGGAGACACUCACUGAUGCUGUUGAGAGCUAUAAAGAAGCUGGUCUCUUGCAAUCAAAGUAAACUUUGUUGGUCUUGGAAUAAAAUAAAUAAAUUCUGUUUGUUAUUCAGCAUCUCCCUAUUGGAAGGGAUUUGUGAAUGAAUAUGUUUCAGUUGUUGCAAUGUGAUUGUAUUGUGUGAUCACUGAUGUUGUUUUUAUAUGACCAAUUCAUGCUUAAAAAGAGGGCCCUUUUCCCCAAUAUAAGGCCAAUGUUC